AUGAGGUGUGUCGCUGUCGCCACUGUCGCUUUUGCGGCCCUCGCUGAGGUUGCGCAAGCUCAUUAUAUGUUCCAGUUCUUAACCGCGAACGGCGCAAAAGGAUCCCAAUAUCAGAACAUAAGGCCCGUACCGAACAACUCUCCGGUGACCAGCCUUUCCAGCAACGACCUACGCUGCAAUGUAAAUGGUGGAAGCGGAGGUUCGACCACCACCGUCGCAGUAGCUGCUGGAUCAACCGUCUCCUUCACCGCCGAUCAAGCCGUUUAUCAUCAAGGCCCCGUGUCCUUCUACAUGAGCAAAGCCGCAACGGCAGCGACAUCUGAUGGCUCUGGUGACUGGUUCAAGAUCAAGGAGAUCGGCCCUACCUUCUCCGGUGGUCAGGCGAAGUGGGAUAUGAGUGCCACCUACUCCGUUCCCAUCCCAUCCCAAAUUCCCGCUGGAGAAUACCUUCUGCGCAUCGAGCAGCUAGGCAUCCACAACCCCGGCAGCCCACCUCAGUUCUACAUCUCCUGCGCUCAGCUUAAGGUCACUGGCGGCGGCAGCGGUAACCCCUCUCCUACCGUCAAGAUCCCCGGACACGUCAAAUCGACCGAUUCUGGAUACACCGCCAACAUCUACAAUAACUUCAACAGCUAUGUUGUUCCCGGGCCCAAGGUUGCGACAUACUAA